CUCAUUUCAAAAAACCGCCGGUUUUUCAAAAUUUUCAAACAAGAAAGCUCUGCACUGAACUAAAACCCAACUCAAACCUCUACUUCUCUUCUCUGUGAAUUUAGUUGAGAGCUUCGCUUACCAAAUCUUGAUUCAAUAUCUCCAAAGGAACUAAGUAAGAAGGGCUUCUUCAGAGCUCUCUCGGAUCUGGAAAUGGACGAGUCCUUGUCCAAGAACGAUGACAAGAUGGACGAUGUCCAAGUCAGACGCCUUAGCAUCAUCGAUUUCUCCUCCGAAGAUGAUUCUCUCAUAGGUUUUUCUUCAGGAUCUCCCCAAGAUAGUCAAGACCUGAGAAGUAUUGAUUUGGUUGAGUCUGUUGGUAAUGAAAAAUUAGAGUAUUUUGGUGACAUUCCGGAGAUGAAGGAGUUAGUGCCUCAACCUUCUCAAUGCUUGGAACCUGAGAGGGUUAAGAGAAAUGGAAAAUAUAACUUGCGUAAAAGUUUGGCCUGGGACAGUGCCUUUUUCACCAGUGAAGGUGUUUUGGAUGCUGAGGAGCUAUCAAGCAUCACUGGUGGUAACGAGGGUGGAAGGCAGAUGCUACCUGGAAUUGAUGAGGAGGUUCAUAGAUCCACCGAUUCAAUCUCCACAUUAGGAAGUGAUACUUUGACGCUAGAAAGUAAUGAAACUAAUUUGUUUGAAGAUAUAAGAGCUUCAAUUCAGAAAUCAAGCAAAGCUACUGUUACAGCAGAUGAAAGAAGUAAAGUAGGCUCAGGAGUGCGAGAAACCAAAAUUGUCACUGCUUUAAAGAGGGUGGAAUUAUCUUCUCAACCCAAGAUGAAGCCCAAAGUUGUUUGCAAGAAGCCAAGUAUUGGCUUGCAAAAUCCAGGAAGAUUGGCAAGGCCGGUUUCUGCUUGUCCACAAUCCUCAGAGUUUAAUGUGGCAAAUAAAGAGUCAACACAAUCUCUCAUGAAGCGACCUAAUUUCCAAGGGAAGCCUAUUCCUAUCUCUGCAACAUUGGCCAAGAGGGCUUCCUUGGGCGGUAGCCUUCUAAAAAUGGAGAAAGAUGGUGUAAAAACUGCAGCUGGUAGAGGUGCUCCAGUAUCAAAAUUAACAUGUAGUUUACGAAAUGUGCCUAGACCUAUUCCAUCAUCUAAAUCUUCCUCUCGGGCUUCUUCAACUGCAACCAUCAGAGAAACAACUUCCUCCUUUGAUAGUUCUGCGAGUACUUCGUCUGUUAACAUGGGUAAAUCUCCAUCCAAUUCCAUGAAAAGAAAAACUGAUACUAAAACUGGUAAUCCAAGGUCCUUGGGUUCAAAUCCUAAAACACCAUCACGAAUUUCAUCAAUAAAUAAAACUGGGCCUGGAAAAUCCCAUGUCUCUUCUCAGUUGAUGCCUUUCAGCAAGCUUUCUUCUAGCAUAUCACCCGCUAGCUCUAUUAGUGAUUGGUCUUCGGAGUCAGUUUCAUCACUUUCUAGUUUACAACAAAUUUCUUGUAGUUCAAGAGACAGCAUCAGCGACACCUGCAAGAGGGUAUCUAUAGAUUUCGAUGAACCUCAAUCUUUGGAUUCUGAGAGUCAUGCUGAUGAUCAUAGCUCAGUGGGGAUGGUUGCACGUCCUCCAUCUUCUAAGCCUUCUGGUCUUCGAUUGCCAUCGCCAAAAAUUGGUUUUUUUGAUGGGGCAAAAUCUACAGUCCGCACUCAUAAGAGAAGUGGGCAAUCUCACCCUGUUGCACCAAGUAAUUUACCUAAAAUUUGUGCUGGAAGUGGAAAUCCUAGUGGCGGCCAAAUUAAGCCAAAGAAGUUGAAUCCUGAAAGAGACGUGACAAGUGACACAAAAGCUGAUGCACGAAGAAUUUUCUCGAAUAUGAAACCUAGAGUUUCUACUCCACAGGAAGCAUCAAAAGCUGCAACAAAGAUCUCUAAUGCUUUAAGAAAUGUUGAAAGUUGCCAUUUGACGUCUCCAAUAGUAAAAAACAACACUCCACUUAAACAUGGCAGUGAAAAUAAAUUCAAUGCUAAAGAGGUUGAAAGUGGCGGAGAUGCUGGUUGCUUACAUGAUGACGCUAAUGAUCUUGCAGAAAGUAAUGCGGUCAUUGAUGCUAUGAAGGCCGAAGCUUCCCCAUAUGAUAAAGAUACUGGUUUUGCAGAAAGUAAUGAGUUUGUUGAUGUUAUGAAGGCUGAAGUUUCCCUGGAAAAUAAAUGCAGUCCUCAUAAGGAUAUAAAGAUCACUACUCCCUUCAGUGGAGAACAAACUGCUAUGAAAAAUGGCACAAAAACUGAUGAUGCUCAACGAAUUUCCUCAAAUAUGAAACCUAGAGUUUCCACUCCGCAGGAAGCAUCAAAAGCUGCAACAAGGAUCUCUAAUGCUUUAAGAAAUGUUGAAAGCUGUCCCACAACAUCUCCAAAAGUCAAAAACAAUACUCCACUGAAACAUGGCGGGGAAAAUAACUUCAAUUCUGAGAAAGUUGAAAGUGGUGGAGAUGAUGUUGGCUUAUAUGGUGAAGCUACCAGUCUUGCAGAGAGCAAUGGGCUUGUUGAUGUUACGAGGGCCGAAAUUUUCCUGCUUGAUAAAGAUACUGGUCUUGUAGAAAGUAAUGGAAUUGUUAACAUUAUGAAGGCCGAAGUUUCCCCACAUAGUAAAGUUACUGGUCUUGUAGAAGGUAAUGAGAUUGUUGAUGUUAGGAAGGCUGAAGUUUCUCUGGAAAAUAAAUGUAGUGCUCACAAGGAGGAUAGAAAGAUCACUACUCCCAUCAGUGGAGUACAUACUGCUAUGACAAAUGGCACAAAUGCUCAGCGCAGCUCCUCAAAUAUGAAACCUAGAGUUUCCAUUCUGCAGGAAGAAUCAAAAGCUGCAACAAGGAUUUCUAAUGCUUUAAGAAAUAUUGAAAGUUGCCACACGACAUCUCCAAAAGUCGAAAACAAUACUUCACUUAAACAUGGCAGUGAAAAUAACUUCAAUGAUAAAGAAGUUAAAAGUGAUGGAGACAAUGUUGGCUUACAUGGUGAAGAUACUGCAGAAAGUAAUGGGGUAGUUGAUGUUAUGAAGGCCGAAGUUUGCCCACAUGAUAAAGAUACUGGUUUUGCAGAAAGUAAUCAGAUUGUUGAUGUUAUCAAGGCUGAAGUUUCCCCGGAAAAUAAAUGUAGUGCUCACAAGGAUAUAAAGAUCACCACUCCCAUUAGUGGAUUACGUAGUGAUUUAAAUUCCAUUUCUAGCUUUAAAGAUCUACUACCUCUUUCUCAAGAAGUGGUACAUUUCAAGAACAACAAUGAGGACGAAAUGUCCCACUAUGAAGACCAGAUUGAUUGCUUGAUCAGACAAGUCAGUGCCAUGAACAUAACAGAGACUCAGGAAAAGGUCCUUGGAGAUUCUCUCUCUUCUCAGCAGAACCUCAGCACUGACGAUAUUGUUUGUUCCCCAGAAUUACCCAUUCACCAGGAAGUUAUUGUUUGUGUUCAAAAGGAGGAUUCUGUUAUUAGUUUGUCGAAGCCUACUGUUUCUCUGACCACCACCAAUGAAAACACCACUGGCAAGAGGAUACCAUUUGCUGCCAAGGAUUCCUUUUGCAACAUAGAUGAGUCGUUUGACUGUUCAAAAGGAUCGGUGGUCUUAGAGGGAGAGAAAGACGGCAGCAUACUUCCAUUUUCUGAAGAGCAUUUUGAUACAGAACAGCUGAGAUAGUUGGACCAAUGUGGCAGCAACAAUAGCAGCAGUCUAAUUUCAAGUAAAGUGGAUUCAACAGAUGAAAGACUCCUUUCACUAAUUUUAUGGAAAAAUUUAUUCAUUUUGUGGAUUUCAUCAUUUUGUAUUAAGUCAGAAUGUACUGACUAUAAUUUGCCUAAGCCUGUAAAAGAUAUGCAAGAUGCCCAAUUAGAGUUUUCAAUUGUA